AUGUUUGAGGCGCACCUGGGCCAGGGUUCCAUCCUGAAGGAAGUGCUGGAGGCUCUCAAGGAUCUCAUCAAUGAGGCCUGCUGGAACAUCAGCUCAAGUGGCGUAAACCUGCAGAGCAUGAAUUCAUCCCACGUCUCCCUGGUGCAGCUCACUCUGCACUCCAAGAGCUUCGAUAUGUACUGCUGCCACUGCAACCUGGCCAUGGGCGUGAACCUCACCAGCAUGUCCAAGAUACUAAAGUGUGCUGGAAAUGAAGACAUCAUCACACUGAGGGCAGAAGAUAACACAGACUCAUUGGCACUAGUAUUCGAAGCACCAAACCAAGAAAAUGUUUCGGACUAUGAAAUGAAGUUCAUGGAUUUAGCUGUUGAACAACUUGGAAUUCCAGAGCAGGAGUAUGGCUGUGUAGUGAAGAUGCCUUCUGGUGAAUUCGCACGUACCUGCCGAGACCUCAGUCAUAUUGGAGAUGCUGCUGUCAUUUCCUGUGCGAAAGAUGGAGUGAAAUUUUCUGCAAGUGGAGAACUCAGAAAUGGGAAUAUUAAGUUGUCACGAACAAGUAACAUUGAUAAAGAGGAGGAGGCUGUUACCAUAGAGAUGAAUGAGCCCGUUCAGCUAACUUUUGCACUUAGAUACCUGAACUUCUUUACAAAAGCCACUCCACUCUCUUCUACAGUAACACUGAGCAUGUCUGCAGAUGUACCCAUUGUUGUAGAAUACAAUGGGACACUUAAAGUACUAUUCAGCUCCCAAGAUUGA